AUGUCUCUAAGAACAAGCGAAUUGGACGACCUAAACUGCGAGACCUUUUACACAGAGAAGCGGCACAAAACUGCCGGUAACCCCAAGAGUAAUGAGCCGGCAGUCCAAGAUUGGAAAAUGCGCGACCGGCUCAAGACAAUCUCUGGGGCUCUCGUCUUAUGUCUUAACAUAGGCGUAGACCCACCGGACGUUGUAAAGCCCAGCCCCUGCGCGAAACUCGAGUGUUGGGUGGAUCCCUUCACUUUGCCGCCAACAAAAGCACUCGAUGCGAUCGGGAAGAAUCUUCAGUCACAAUACGAGCAGUUAAGCAUGCGAACCAGAUAUAAGCAAUAUCUAGAUCCUGCCGUAAACGAAGUACGGGAUUUCUGCUUAAAGAUAAGGAAGACUGCAAAAGAAGAAAGAGUACUAUUCCACUAUAACGGUCAUGGAGUACCUAAACCAACGACAAGUGGAGAAAUUUGGGUGUUUAAUAAGAAUUUUACGCAAUAUAUUCCCGUUUCUCUAGGAGACUUACAAUCGUGGCUGGGAUCGCCUUGUAUAUAUGUAUAUGAUUGCUCUGCGGCAGGGAAUAUCUUGAAUAACUUUAACAAAUUUGCUGAGCAGAAAUAUCGUGAAUCACGGGGAACCUCAGGUCCAAGUACUGUACCACCCUCACUUAUGAACAUUCAGCUGGCUGCCUGCGGACCCAACGAAUCAUUGCCACUACAUCCAGAAUUACCAGCUGAUCUGUUCACAUCAUGUUUAACCUCACCUAUCGAAACCGCGUUACGAUAUUUUGUACUGCAACGAGCUCUUCCUUCCCCAGUCACCGUGGAAAUGGUCAUGAAGCUGCCAGGAAAACUACAAGAUCGUAAGACUCCUCUGGGUGAACUAAAUUGGAUAUUCACGGCGAUCACAGACACUAUUGCAUGGAAUGUGCUUCGAGGCGAUCUCUUCAAGCAGCUCUUUAGGCAGGAUCUUAUGGUUGCCGCAUUAUUUAGGAACUUUUUACUCGCCGAACGAAUAAUGCGACAUUACCAGUGUAAUCCAAUGUCUUAUCCAGAACUGCCUCCUACUCACGAUCAUUCUAUGUGGGAUGCGUGGGACUUGGCUGUGGAUGUAUGUUUGCGACAGUUACCAGUAUUGUUAUCGGGAGAGUGUGAGUACCAGCACUCUACCUUUUUUGACGAACAGUUGACUGCGUUUGGCGUAUGGUUGGAAAGAGGCUCUAUUUAUCAGAAACCCCCUCAGCAGUUGCCUAUUGUAUUGCAGGUUUUGUUGAGCCAAGUGCAUAGAUCACGUGCAUUAGGAUUAUUGAGCAAAUUCUUGGAUCUUGGUCCAUGGGCUGUGAAUCUCGCAUUAUCUAUUGGCAUAUUUCCAUAUGUACUCAAGUUGCUCCAAAGUCCAGCAGCAGAUUUGAAACCUCCUUUGGUGUUUAUCUGGGCACGUAUAUUAGCUGUUGAUGGGUCGUGUCAACAGGAUCUUCUGAGAGAUAAUGGCUAUAAAUACUUUAUUAAUAUACUUUCUCCAAGUAGUAUAUUAAACAUACCUAAUGAGGCUGAGCACCGAGCAAUGUGUGCUUUUAUUUUGGCAAUGUUCUGUACUAAUUUCAGUCAGGGUCAGAUGGCUUGCAAAUCUGAAAACGUUUUGAAUACUUGUUUAGCUCGAUACGCAGAUGAAGAUCCAUUAUUGCGCCAAUGGGUUUGUUUAUGUAUUGGUCAAUAUUGGAAGGGAUAUCGGGACGCCAAAAGCGAAGGGAUUGAAAAUCAGGCUCAUCAAAAAUUAUUCGAGUUGCUUACUGAUCCAGUACCUGAAGUCAGAGCAGCCGCAUUGUAUGCGUUGGGUACAUUUAUUGGAAAUUUAGAUCACACUGAGCAGAUAUUAAAUAUUCACCAGAACAUUGCUAUUACUACCUUAACUGCGAAUAAUGAUGGUUCGCCCAUGGUACGAAAAGAACUUGUAAUUACACUCUCGCGUAUUGUAUCGACUUAUAUCGACGAUUUUAUAAGAGUUGCGGUUGAUUUUGUGGAAAGCAUUAGGAAACGCGCAAAGAUGACGGGUAUUGGUGGAAUGCGAGCAAGUGUGCGUGAUAAUAGAUCUGGUUCAGUCGAUAUGAUUGUGUGGCAGUCACUAUUGAAUUUAUCAAGAGAUCCGGAUCCAGAAGUAGCUCAGCUAGCAGCAAGUGUCGUUGAUUUUGUUCACGAAUUGGCCUUUAAGCACAACGAUCCGGGACUUGUGUUAACAGUGAAACAACUGCUAGAAGCAAGGAGUGCGUCUGAGAAUGAAAGUCUACGUGAUUAUCUGAAUAAGGCAAUACCCGGACUAACUGUGACUGUGGAUUUACCAUUAAAUUCACAAUUCUUUGAGUACAGCUGUGAGUACUUCAGAGAACCUCAGAUGAGACCUGCAGAGGCUGAUUUAGCAGGAAGUGUUUCCUAUAUGGAACGAACAUGGCGUCAUCAGCGAAAUUUGAGAAUAAUGAAUGAAUCUUUACCAAUGAAACAAAUGGCUGGUUCGAGUAAAUGGAACAAACAAGUCGCCUUAUUCCAUCACGAGUCUGUGCCCAUGAAAUUAUUAUUUCAUAAUUACGAACCGCAUUUAAUUGCUGCUAAUGAUAAAGACUCAAUCAGCGUAUGGGAUUGGCAGAACCACAUUCGAGUAAAUACAUUUUCCAACUGUAACCCGCGUCAUAGUAGCAUAUCAGCGCUCAAGUUUAUUAACGAGCAUGAUGUUUCAAUGUUACUGGUCGGCUCAAAUGAUGGUACCGUUCGAAUCUGGAGGGACUACACAAGCAUACAGAGAACAACCGAACUGGUCACAUCGUGGAGAGCAAUACCAGACUUGCUUUCCAGCAACCAACGAAUAGGCAUAGUUGCCGAAUGGCAACAACGGGAUGGAUGUCUACUGGUUGGUGGUGACGUUCGAGUCAUACGUGUGUGGGAUGCUCCUCGUGAACUCAACGUAGUUGACAUUCCUACUCGGACUGGUAGUGCAGUUACCAGUCUGACCAGUGAUGGAGGAAAUCUUUUUGUCGCCGGCUUUGCAGACGGUGCAAUAAGAUUGUAUGACCGCCGAGUGAGUCCAAACGAUGCCAUGACACUGGUUAACAAAGAGCAUAAGAAUUCUAUAGUGAACGUUGUCUGGCAGAAAGGUUCUGCGCAAGAGCUAGUAUCUGGAAGUAAGUCUGGUGAGAUAAAAGUAUGGGAUAUUCGAACGAAUUGGUCCAAAGUCUCGAUUCCGGAUAAUAAUCUGGCGCAAAUGGCAGCAAUGGACGUUCAUCAACAUACUAAUGUCAUUGCGAGUGCGUAUUCCAACCAGACAAUCAAGCUAUACAAUACCGGUGGUCUUCAUCUGUCAACGACAAAAUAUAACACAGGCUUCCUAGGUUGGGGUGCUCAAGUUACAUGUUUGGCAUUAGCUGGACAUCAGACUUACUUUGCAGCAGGAGCUACUGAUUCAUAUGUUUCGUUAUAUGGGGUGAGCGGCAGCGGGCGCAAUAGACUUGUAACGAAUUAG